CAGAGACUAGAGGCAGCUGCAAAGAGACCAUGGCAGGGUUUCAUGUCCGUAGUGUCCUGGUGACUGGAUCCAAUCGAGGAAUUGGUCUGGAGCUGAUCAAGCAUUUUAUAGGGAAACCGAACCCACCUGAAGUGAUCUUUGCCACCUGCCGGGACCCAGAGGGAGCGCGAGCGCAGGAAUUAAAAAAAUUGGCUUCCAAGCACCCAAACGUUAUGAUUGUGCAGCUAGAAGCUACAGACUCAGCGAGCAUCAAGAGCGCUGCAAAGAAAGCUGAGGCCCGUCUGGGAGGAACUGGCCUAAAUUUGCUGAUAAAUAAUGCUGGCGUUAUGCUACCAAGCACACUUGAGUCAGCCACUCCUGAAGAUAUGUUAAGUGUCUAUAACACAAACAUUGUUGGGCCGCUGUUAGUGACCCAGGCAUUCCUGCCCUUGCUGAAGAAGGCUGCCCAGGGCAGCAACCAGAAAGGGAUGAGCUGCAGCAAGGCGGCCAUUGUCAACAUCUCCACUGUUCUGGGAUCCAUUGAGAAAACUCCUGAAACGUUCUCCUUCGUGCCAGUAGUCUCCUACCGCUGCAGUAAGGCAGCGCUGAACAUGCUCACAAAGUGCCAGUCGAUGGGAUACAAGCAAGACGGGAUCCUGUGCACUGCGCUGCACCCGGGCUGGGUGAAAACCGAGCUGGGAAACUUUCAACCUAACGUGCAGGCAGACCUGACGGUGGACGAGAGCGUGAGCGGGCUUAUGAAGGUGAUUUGUGACCUCUCUGAGAAACACCAUGGCAUGCUGAUGAGCUGGGAAGGAAACACCCUGCCCUGGUGAGAACCCAGCGUGGAGGUGUGAAAGAAUCAAGGAGCAGCCUCUGCUGAGCACUCUGGCACCUCUCUGUGCAACUGUCAUAAAUAUGGAUGAAUAAAAAUCACCCCCUGAAUCAGA